UCGUCUCGCCAACCGGUCGGCCGAACCUCCUCGCUCGCAAGGGGGAGAUCGAAGUGUGCCUCAGAGGCUUCUUUUACGUAUGUGGGUGUGAUCGACUCGGGAGUCUGUCCCCCCCUUUUCUCUUUUUUUUCUCUCUCCCAAACUCCAUCUAUCAGUGGCUAUUUUGAUCUUGUUCGAAUCGGCCGUGCCCUUCGUCCCCCCUUUCGCCGUCGCCGCCAUGGCCCGCGGCUCCGUCAGACACCAACCUAGGGCUUCGUCGCCGUCGUCUUGGCGCUCGGCGACCGCCGCUUUCCUGCUCCUGGCCGUCCUCGCCCUCGCCGACGCCUCGCAGUUGGACGAGGACUUGACCUUCGAUGAGGAGGCAGUGGGCGUGGCCAGAAUCCGCCGCGAGGCCGAGGUGGCGCCUGUGGCUCCGCCCUAUCAAGAGGUCCCCAGCGCGAAGGCGGCGCUGACGAAGAGGCAGAGCGGAUGGGGCUUCUGGGGCAGCAGCUCCGACGACGAGGACGAUGUCGGGUCCGCCAUCGAGGGCUCCGGGCUCGAGAAGAUCAUUUACCGCGUGAAGUUCCAAGUCAACCUGAUCUGGAAGGAAGAGUACAGCAACAAGCAGGGCUCACUCUUCCAAGACCUGGCCAGCGAGAUCAAGAACGCCUUCGACAUCAUUCUGAGGCCGAUUUCGGGAGAUAAGACACUCUACGUCUCCAAUAUGAAGUCGACGAUUUCGGGCUACGUGGAGGUGACGAUGGACAUCAACUACGAAGGCUUCGGCGACCAGAGCGGCGUCCUGAAGCGGAAGAUCCGCGAAACCCUCAACACGAGCCGCCUGGGAGGCAUCCCCGUGAACUCGCAGUACUUCAGCUUCGUCGAGCACGGGAGUGCAGUGAUCUCUCCCUCAUCCUGCCCCGACGGGAAGUGGCGGUGCCCCUCCGGACGGUGCGUGGGGCGCUGCGACGGCCGGGAGGACUGCCUCGACAAGUCCGACGAGAGAGACUGCAUUACAUCGACCUCCUCCCAGACCACGAGCUCCAAGGCGGACGAAGGUUGUCGCGGAGAUGACCAAUUCCGCUGUGCAGGCGACGAGGAAAAAUAUGUGUGUGAAGUACAGCGGUGCGACGGUCACAAAGACUGCCCGCAGGGAGAUGACGAGGAAGGCUGCGAUUGUGAGGAAGGCAACUUCGUGUGUGAUGUUGUGAGAUGUGUGCCUGAUGAAAAGAGAUGCGAUGGCGCAAAAGACUGCGCGGAUAACUCGGACGAGGAAAAUUGCGCACGACCAACGUGUCGUUCGGACGACCAGGGACCCAGGACGUGUGACGAUGGCACGACCUACGCCUGUUUCUGUGACGAUGUGAGGGAGUGUCCCGGAGGAGAGGACGAGGCCGGGUGCGGCUCCAGCGCACGACCAACGUGUCGUUCGGACGACCAGGGACCCAGGACGUGUGACGAUGGCACGACCUACGCCUGUUUCUGUGACGAUGUGAGGGAGUGUCCCGGAGGAGAGGACGAGGCCGGGUGCGGCUCCAGCGGGUGCAGACAGGACCAGUUCUCCUGCGACGACGGCACGCAGUGCAUCGAGGACUACCAAGUGUGCAACGGGAUCCCGGAUUGCUUCGACGCCACUGACGAAGAGCCGGCCAAGUGCACCGUGACCACCGCACGACCAACGUGUCGUUCGGACGACCAGGGACCCAGGACGUGUGACGAUGGCACGACCUACGCCUGUUUCUGUGACGAUGUGAGGGAGUGUCCCGGAGGAGAGGACGAGGCCGGGUGCGGCUCCAGCGGCUGUAGACCGACCGAGUUUGCGUGCGACCAGAACUCGGUGUGUCUCGAUAUCGCGCAAGUCUGUGACACUUACCCCGACUGUCGCGACGGCUCCGACGAGGACCCCGCUACGUGCAGCAUCACUGGCUGCCCAUCCAACAUGUUCGAAUGUGACCAAGGCUCAACCUGCAUAGAGCUCAGCCAGACCUGCGACGGCCGCAGCGACUGCUCCGACUCCACGGACGAAUUGGGAUGCUCUACUGUCGUACCUUGCCGUUCUGACGAAUUCACAUGCAAAGACGGAAGUUGCGUUGACAGCUUCCGUCGGUGCGAUUACAUUCAGGACUGUCCCAACGGCGAGGACGAAGCCUUCUGCCCAUGCGAGCCCCCUAACUUCGAGUGCAUCAGUGGCAUGUGCAUCACGCCGGAGAAGCGCUGCGACGGAAUUAAGGACUGUGACGAUGGCUCAGACGAGGAAGUCAACUGUCCGUGUUCCCCGAGCGAGUUCACGUGCCUCAACGGCCAGUGUGUGGCCGGGAGCCUGAGGUGCGAUGGCGAGCACGACUGUGACGACCAGUCAGACGAAAUUAAUUGCUCAGAAUGUUCCGAAGAUGCUUUCCUUUGCGGCGAUAAGCACUGCAUUCCCGAAGAUAACGUCUGCGACGGAGUCGACGAUUGUGAUACCGAUGAAUUGGAUUGCUGUGAAGGAUCAGGGAUGUUCAAGUGUGACAGUGAUGGCACUUGCCUUGGUUCUGACAAAAUGUGUAAUGGGAUCAAAGAUUGUCCCUCUGGCGAGGAUGAGGAAAGCUGUUCUGGUGAAAUGUGUCAGGCUGGGGAAUAUAGGUGCAAGAAUGGUGACUGCAUUCCCAUCUCCCAGCGAUGCGAUGGCCUCGCUCAGUGCAGGGACCAGUCUGAUGAAUCCGGUUGCCCUUGUCGUUCAGAUCAAUGGACUUGUAUCAGUGGUUCAUGCAUACCAAAUGAAUACAGGUGUGAUGGUAGAUAUGAUUGUCCUGACUACAGUGAUGAAGACAAUUGUGAUUCAGUAUGCAGUUCAUCUGAAUGGACUUGUGGGGAUCUAUCAUGCAUACCAAGUACAGCACGAUGCAAUGGUGCUUUUGACUGCCCAGACUAUUCUGAUGAAGAUAACUGUGCAGUGUGUGGUCCAUUGGAGUGGAUGUGUGGAGAUCUUUCAUGCAUACCAAUAGAGGCAAGAUGUGACGGUCGAGAUGACUGUCGAGACUACACUGAUGAACUUGACUGUAAAGCUUGUGGUCCUGAUGAGUGGACUUGCAGGAACGGUGAUUGUAUCCCAGGCUAUCAGAGAUGUGACAGAACACCUCAGUGCAUUGACCGUUCAGAUGAAGAGAACUGCGUACCUGCUUGUGGUCCUGAUGAGUGGACUUGCAGGAACGGUGAUUGUAUCCCAGGCUAUCAGAGAUGUGACAGAACACCUCAGUGCAUUGACCGUUCAGAUGAAGAGAACUGCGUACCUGCAUGUGAUUCAACGCAGUGGACUUGUGGUGAUGGAACUUGCAUACCCCAAGAAGGCCGUUGUAAUGGACAGUAUGACUGCCGAGACUAUAGUGACGAAGAACAGUGUCCAAAAGAAUGCAUUCCUGGCGAGUGGACUUGUAGAAAUGGGGACUGUAUUCCUGCCUCUCAGCACUGUGACAGAAUACCACACUGCCCAGAUGGUUCUGAUGAAGAGAACUGUCCACCUCCAUCUGCAUGUGGUUAUUUGGAAUGGACUUGUAGGGACGGAACUUGCAUUCCUCAGCAAGAACGAUGUGAUGGUCGUUAUGACUGUCCAGACUAUACUGAUGAGGAAGGUUGUGAACGAGCAUGCACUUCUGGGGAAUGGAGAUGUAAUGAUGGAACUUGCAUUCCGCUACAAGCACAAUGUGAUGGUCGCUAUAACUGUCCAGACUAUUCUGAUGAGGAAGGUUGUUCACCAGGCUGCAGUCCUAGUGAGUGGACUUGCAGGAAUGGAGACUGUAUCCCUGACUAUCAGCGUUGUGACAGGACACCUCAGUGCAUUGAUCGUUCAGAUGAAGAGAACUGCAGACCUGAACCUGCCUGUGGUUCUGGGGAAUGGACUUGUGGGGUUGGAAGUUGUAUUCCUCUCCAAGCACGCUGUGAUGGUCGUUAUGACUGUCCAGACUAUACUGAUGAGGAAGAUUGCCAAGUAGAUAAGAGCUGCAGUCCUAGCGAGUGGACUUGCAGGAAUGGAGACUGUAUCCCUGACUAUCAGCGUUGUGACAGGACACCUCAGUGCAUUGAUCGUUCAGAUGAAGAGAACUGCAGACCUGAACCUGCUUGUGGUUCUGGGGAAUGGACUUGUAGGGACGGAACUUGUAUUCCUGAAGGAGCUCGGUGUGAUGGUCGUUAUGACUGUCCAGACUAUACUGAUGAGGACAGUUGCCAAGCUUGCAUGCCAGAAGAGUUUGCCUGCCUUGAUGAUGGCACCUGCAUCCCAAAGAGCCUGGUGUGUGAUGGGAGACCUUACUGUCGUGAUGGGUCAGAUGAAAAUAACUGUUCUCCGCCCUCACAAUGCCCAGAAGGAGAGUUCCAAUGUGCUGAUGGAAUAUGCAUUCCAAGCUACCUUGUAUGUGAUGGUCAUAGCUACUGUAGAGACGGUUCCGACGAAUGGGGCUGCUCGUCAAAUGAAGGACGAAACUGCACCAGUGAGGAGUUUACGUGUCGGGAUGGAACAUGCAUCAACAUAACAUCCCGUUGCAAUGGUCAGAUUGAGUGCCCAGAUAACUCAGAUGAACUUGAAUGCUCCUCCAGCUCGUGUGGCCCCCCUGAGAGUUUCCGCUGCGCCAUUGGCUACUGCAUCCGAGCAGAGCAGCGUUGUGAUGGAACCACUGAUUGUCAAGACGCCAGUGAUGAAAGAGAUUGUCCACCUUUGUGCACGAAUAAUGAGUUUCGGUGUGGCGAUGGUACUUGCAUCCCCCGGGAGAAUAAAUGCAAUGGGAGGCCAGAUUGCCGUGACGAAACGGAUGAGGACGACUGUACUUACACCUGCCGGCCAGACCAGUUCCGCUGUGAGAAUGGAGAGUGUCUUGAUGCCAGCCAGCGUUGCAAUGGAAGGGAGGAAUGCAAUCGUGGGGAAGAUGAACGAGGUUGUGGUCCGUUCGAGUUCCAGUGUGAUAAUGGACAGUUCAUAGAUCAACAAUACAGAUGCAAUGGUGUUGUUGAAUGUCCAUUAGAUCAAUCAGAUGAAGAAGGAUGCAGAUGUAGGUCUGAUGAGUGGACUUGUAGGAAUGGGGACUGUAUUCCAAGUUAUCAGCGUUGUGACAGAACACCUCAGUGCACUGACCGCUCAGAUGAAGAGAACUGCUGGCCAGAACCACCUGGAUGUGGGUCUGAUGAGUGGACAUGCAGAAAUGGGGAUUGUAUUCCAAGUUACCAGCUAUGUGACAGAACACCUCAGUGCAUUGACCGUUCAGACGAAGAGAACUGCAUACCCGGAUGUGGUCCUAGUGAAUGGACUUGUAGGAAUGGGGACUGUAUCCCAGACUAUCAGCGAUGUGAUGGAACACUUCAGUGCAUUGACCGCUCAGAUGAAGACAACUGCAGACCUGAACCACCUGGAUGUGGAUCUGGUGAGUGGACUUGCAGGAAUGGGGAUUGUAUUCCAAAUUAUCAGCAUUGCGACGGAACACUUCAUUGCAUUGACCGCUCAGAUGAAGAGAACUGCAGGCCAAAACCACCUGGAUGUGGGUCUGAUGAGUGGACAUGCAGGAAUGGUGAUUGUAUUCCAAGUUACCAGCGAUGUGACAGAACACCUCAGUGCAUUGACCGUUCAGACGAAGAGAACUGCAUACCCGGAUGUAGGUCUGAUGAGUGGACUUGUAGGAAUGGGGACUGUAUUCCAAGUUAUCAGCGUUGUGACAGAACACCUCAGUGCACUGACCGCUCAGAUGAAGAGAACUGCAGGCCAGAACCACCUGGAUGUGGGUCUGAUGAGUGGACAUGCAGGAAUGGUGAUUGUAUUCCAAGUUACCAGCGAUGUGACAGAACACCUCAGUGCAUUGACCGUUCAGACGAAGAGAACUGCAUACCCGCUUGUGGACCCAAUGAGUUCACCUGUGUGUCCAGCGGCUUUUGUAUCAGUGAAUAUGGGCGUUGUGAUGGUAAACCAGACUGUAGGGAUGGUUCUGAUGAACAAGGCUGUGAAACCCUGUGCCAUCCUGUAGAAGAAUGGCAAUGUACCAAUGGUCAGUGUAUACCCAGUAGAUAUCGAUGCGAUGGUCGGCAAGACUGCGCUGAUAACUCAGAUGAACUGGAUGCGAGUUGUGUCCCUACAAGUCCACCAGAUACAAACAGCUGCCCUUCACAACAGUUCGCAUGUAAAAAUGGCGAAUGUGUCGACCGGAUUUAUCUCUGUGAUGGGAUCUCAGAUUGCGAAGAUGGAUCAGACGAAAAAGACUGCAAAAACGACAUAGUGUGUGGAACCAACCAAUUCCUAUGCAUUUCUGGGGAAUGUAUUAGCGCAAGCAAAGUAUGUGAUAGAAAGAAAGAUUGCAAUGACAAUUCUGAUGAACAACUAUGCGAUUUUGCAGAUAAUCGACAAUGUACGGCAGACGAGUUCAAGUGUAAAGAUGGUGGAUGCAUAGAGAAGGAGUGGAGGUGUGACAAUGUUCCCGACUGCGCUGAUGCCUCGGAUGAAAUUGAUUGUUGCAGUACCAGUGAAUUCCAGUGUGGUGAUGGUUUUUGCAUCCCAGACUUCAAAAAAUGCGAUGGAACCUAUGACUGUAUUGAUGGAUCUGAUGAGCGUGCUGACUGUGAAUGUCGUCCAAAUGAGUUCCAGUGCAGAGAUGGUGCCUGUAUCCCAAGUACUGGGAAGUGCAAUGGCUAUGCAGAGUGCUUGGAUGGUUCUGAUGAACAAGACUGUGGCUGUGGCCCCAUAGAGUGGCAAUGUGAAACAGGAGAGUGUAUUUUCACCACUGAAAGAUGUAAUGGCGUAAGGGAGUGUCCUGAUGGCUCAGACGAAAGGGACUGCCCAGAUUCUUCGAAGCCUUGCUACGAAGGCCAGUUUCGGUGCAGCACUGGCGAGUGCAUUGACAACUCUCGCCUCUGCGAUGGUAACGAUGACUGUGACGACGGCCAGGAUGAGACAUUUUGUCCCUCCAACUUCAACUUCCCUUCCACCACUACCCCUGUAUAUGCCCCAGACACCUCAGAUUUUCCAGGUUGCACUUCCAAUGAGUUUGUCUGUGACUCUGGAGACUGUGUUUCCACUGGAGUUGUUUGUGAUGGGCUUGUUGACUGCAACGAUGGCUCAGAUGAAGCUGACUGCGUUGGAACGGUCCGCACCUGUGCUUCUUAUGAGUUUACGUGUGGCGAUGGAACGUGUAUCUAUGACAGUGCAAAAUGUGAUGGUCGCUAUGAUUGUGCUGACGGAUCGGAUGAGCUGGAGUGUUCCCCAACUCGUCGUUGUGAAGACUAUGAAUUCACUUGCGGUGAUGGUACAUGUGUGUCUGUAUCUGUACGAUGUGAUAGACAAGAGGAUUGCCGUGAUGGCUCUGAUGAGCUUAACUGUCGCCCACCCCGGUGCCAAGAAAACGAGUUUCAGUGUAGAGGUGGACGGUGCAUACCUGACUAUGCUCGUUGUGAUGGCAAACGAGACUGCCGCGAUGGCUCAGAUGAGAUUUCAUGCCCUGCUGCAGAAACUACGACAACUCAACCACCAUUUAUUCCCCCAACGAAUCUUUUCCGAUGUGCUGAUGGCAAUUACAUUAAAGACUACUUGCGCUGUGAUGGAAGAAGAGAUUGUAAUGACGGAAGUGAUGAAGUACAGUGCGUAGGCACGGACACAGUGACCCUCAGAACAUACCCACCUGAGCAGACCAUCCAGCAGAGUCGGGAAGUGGUGUUCCAGUGCAGAGAUGAAGGCCCUUUACGAGCUCCAGUGCGCUGGUCAAGGGAAGGAAACAGAGCUAUGCCUCCCGGUACAACAGACAACAGAGGACGUUUGACCAUGCCUAACAUCCAGAUUGAGCAUCAAGGCACAUAUUACUGUGAAGCACAGGGUGUGAGUCCUUCUUUGCCUGGGAGGAGAAAGCCUGUCUAUUUGCAAGUUAUUCCAUAUGUGGCACCAACCUUACCUCCUGUGGUAGUAUGCAGUGUUAUUGAGGCAACGUGCAUGAACGGGCAGUGCAUUGAUAAGGACAAAGUGUGCGACGGUGUCUAUGACUGCGAUGAUGCUUCAGACGAGAUGCGAUGCAAUCCACUGGGAUGUGAACCCAAUGAAUACCAAUGUGACAACAAACGAUGCGUUCUGAAGACAUGGUUGUGUGACUCAGAUGAUGAUUGUGGAGAUGGAUCUGAUGAGAGAGAGUGUGUGACUAAUGCACCAGGAUCAGUGUGUAGAUACAACGAGUUUACUUGUGUCAACGGCAGUCAGUGUAUUCCAAAAUCUUUCCACUGUGAUGGGGAAGUUGACUGUCUGGAUGGAUCAGAUGAACAGAGGUGCAGCAAGCCAAUUGUUGUGGAGCCUCCCCCUCGCAAUAUUAUGGUCCAAGUAGGCGAAUCAUUCACUAUCACCUGCAGAGUCAUUGGCGUGCCCACUCCAACUGUCAUUUGGAGACUCAACUGGGGACAUGUGCCUGAUAAGUGUCAAAUGACAAGUGUUGAUGGACGUGGUACUCUAACAUGUCCAGGUGCUCAGCCAACCGACCAGGGUGCAUAUUCCUGCGAGGCCAUUAACAGCUUAGGUUCAGUCUUUGCUCAGCCUGACUGCAUUGUCCAAGUGAAGGGCAGCUCACCUCAGUGUCAGCCUCCUCUCUUCAAUGCAGGUGCUGUUACUACAGAGGAAUGCCUCACAUGCUUCUGCUUUGGGGCCACAGAACAGUGCUACUCCACAGACAGAUAUAUUACACAGUUACCUCCUCCUACGAAUGAUUCAUAUCAGCUGAUAGGAGUUAAUCAAGACCAGUUCAAGGGCAAUUAUAUUGUGCGUACGAAACAAUAUCAACAGUCAUCACGUUUCCUCAGUCCUCAGUCAUCGAAUGCAGUCCAGCUCAAUGUUGACCGAUCCAAGCUGGAGGGCCCCAGUGACCUCAUUGUGUAUUUCUCCCUUCCUGAUAGUCACAAGGGCCAGCAACUGACAUCAUAUGGUGGAUACCUUAGAUACAAGAUCAAGUACUCCAGCACUGUUGCUUCACAGACUAUCAAGGGACCAGAUGUGAUCAUGGUGGGUAAUGACAUCACACUUAUGCAUGUCCAUGAUGGAGAAUUCAAGCCCGAUUUCGAAAACCAAGUAGAUGUAAGGUUUGAGAUUGGUCAGUGGUUCAAGCGUGUAGUGGGCCGCGGACAAGUUGUUCAGAGUCAAGAGCCUGCAAACAGAGAAGAAAUCAUGAUGGUGCUUGAGAAUAUUGAAUUACUACUGAUUCGAGCACUGUACACUGAUGCCUACUAUGUGGUGUCUACACUGUCAGAAGUUCAAAUGGAUACUGCUGUCAUUCAUGAUAAUACCCAGGGAAGAGCUGUGUUAGUAGAAGAAUGUCGCUGCCCAACAGGCUACGUAGGAUUGUCAUGCCAGGAUUGUGCUCCCAACUACAAGCGCGUUCCUGAUGGACCUUGGCUUGGGCGUUGUGUUCCCGAUGUUGAAUGCCGCCCUGGAGAAUAUGGAGACCCAGCCAACGGUAUUCCCUGCCUGCAAUGCCCUUGUCCUCUCUCAACACCUACCAACCAGUUUAGCUCCACCUGCUUCUUGGACAGUGAUGGCCAGGUGACUUGUAAUUGCCUGCAGGGCUACCAAGGAAGGCGUUGCGAGGUCUGUGCCAAUGGCUAUGAGGGCAACCCCAAUAUGCCUGGGGAUUCUUGCCGGCCAGUUCCUCCAUCAUGUGAAUGGUAUGAGUUCAUUUGUGGAGACAUGUCAGGCUGCGUUCACAAGGAUAAACGCUGUGAUUCCAACAAGGAUUGUCCUGAUGGCUCGGAUGAGGAGUUCUGUGAGACAGUAUGCAUGACAACCUUCACAUGUCCUGACGGUUCAGUCCACCCCUGGUCCCGUCGGUGUGACGGCAUAAAGGACUGCUUCAAUUAUGAAGAUGAAAAGGAAUGUGAUGUGUGCUUUAAUAGUGGCCACAAAUGCAGUGAUCGGCAUUGUAUUCAUUUUGAACGCAUCUGUGAUGGGCAUCAAGAUUGUUAUGAUGGAAGUGAUGAGUUUCCUGAGAACUGUCUGGAUUACCUUCCCUGUGACCACAUAAGCAAGUGGACGUGUGAUGAUCGAACGUGUAUCGACAGGAAUGAUCACUGUAAUGGUGUUUUCGAUUGUCCUGAUGGGUCUGAUGAGCGUUACUGCAACUGCUCAUGCACAUCACCAGAUCAGUUCAGAUGCCAAGAUGGGACAUGUCUGUCAGCUAGAAUCCGUUGUAAUGGUCAAGCAGAUUGCUUAGAUGGAUCAGAUGAAUGGGGAUGUUGCAAUGAAGUCACUGAACAUGCAUGUGGUGAUGGAACCUGCAUUGAUCGCCGCAGAGUGUGUGAUGGUCAGAAUGACUGUUCAGAUUAUAGUGACGAACCUUCCUACUGUCGUGAGAACUGUGACCCCAAUACAAUGUAUCAGUGUGGAGAUGGUACAUGUAUAGACAGAAGAAGAGUCUGUGAUGGUCAGUUCGACUGUUCAGAUUAUAGUGAUGAGCCUUCCUACUGCCGUGAAAUUUGUGACCCAAAUACAAUGCACCAGUGUGGAGAUGGAACAUGUAUAGACCGUAGAAGGGUCUGUGAUGGUCAGUAUGACUGCACUGAUUACAGUGAUGAGCCCUCCACUUGCCAGAGAUAUUGUGAUGAUCAAUAUGAAUACAGGUGCAGGAAUGGAGAUUGCAUCGAUCGUCAACGAUACUGUGAUGGUUACAGUGACUGCAGUGAUGGCAGCGAUGAAUACAAUUGCCCGCAGACAUGUUCUGAAUAUCAGUUCCAGUGUGGAGAUGGCACCUGCAUAGAUCGAAGACUAUUGUGCAAUGGAAGGGCUGAUUGUAGGGAUAGUAGUGAUGAGAGUCAACAGGCAGGAUGUUGCGUUGCUCCCUACUACUUCCAGUGCCGCAAUGGAGAUUGCAUAGAUGCCAGUCUAGUCUGCGACUCUUAUGAAAAUUGUUAUGAUGGUUCUGAUGAAUAUGGUUGCUCUGUGGACUGCAAUCCUUCUGGCAGUUACUCCGUUCAAGCAGAUCCUGUCACUGGACUUUGCCAAUGCAAGGAACUUGUUGCUGGACCUAAAUGUGAUCGUUGCAAGGCAAACACCUUCUUCCUCAAUGACAAGACCCGCUUUGGCUGCAUUGACUGCUUCUGUAUGGGCAUUACCAAGGCUUGUACCUCAUCCAACUGGUACAGGCAACAGGAAUCUGUAUCAUUCACAAAUGAUCGACAAGGAUUUGAGUUGGUCGAUAAGUUCCAAGAGGUUGUUAUCAGCAAUGAUAUUUAUGUUGAUUCCGGUCAGCAAGAGAUUGUAUUCAGUGAGUUCUCUCGUCUUGGCCAAGAGGUUUAUUACUGGAACCUGCCUCAAAGAUUCCUUGGAGACAAACUUUCAUCAUAUGGUGGAAAUCUGACCUACAGCCUUCGCUAUGUGCCAGCUCCUGGAGGCCAGAGUUCUGCAAACAGUGCUGCUGCUGUGGAAAUAUAUGGAAAUGAUAUCACGCUGAGGCACUUCACAAAUGGGCAACUGAGCCGCUCACUGCAGGCCACAGUGACUGUACCCUUGUAUGAGGAGGAAUGGGAGAGACAGGAUGGACAGAAGGCUAACCGAGAGCACUUCCUCAUGGUUUUAGCUGACCUGGAGUACAUCCACAUCAAGGCUACAUACACCACAAAUACUCAGGAAGUGGCACUGAAGGAGGUGAUCAUGGAUUAUGCUGAGCCUCGUAACACAGGCCAGGAACGUGCCUUUGCUGUUGAGUUCUGCGAAUGUCCACCAGGGUACAAGGGACUUUCAUGCGAAGAUUGUGACGUAGGCUACACCAGGAGAUUGUCGGGUGUUUACUUGGGCGAAUGUGUUCCUUGUGAAUGUAAUGGACAUUCUGAAGAGUGUGACCCUGAUACUAGUGUCUGCAGUAACUGCCGAGAUAACACAAGUGGUGAUUACUGUGAGCUCUGUGCCCCAGGCUUUGUUAUGAACAGGCUUGGAAGGUGUGAACGGGAAGAAAAUGGUUAUGCAUGCAACUGUGACCCUAGAGGAUCAUUGACUGAGUCAUGUCAGUACGGCCUUUGUCAGUGCAAGUCAAAUGUCCGUGGUGAAUACUGUGAUGCAUGUGAAGCUGGCUAUUUUGAUCUGUCAGAAGAAAACCCUGAGGGUUGUCUGAAGUGUUGGUGCAGUGGGGCUACCUCACAAUGUUUCUCCUCAAACUACUACAGAACCCAGUUGCCAAUGCAGCUCCUUACUGACCAUGGAUUCACUCUCUCAAACCGACUGCGAUCGAAUGUUAUCCGUGAUGGAUUUGGCCUCAACUUAGCAAAUAAUGAAAUCUCAUUUGAAAACUUUGAUGAACUGAGUGGAGUAGAAUCAUAUUAUUGGUCACUUCCACAGAUGUUUACUGGGAACCGCCUUGCUUCGUAUGGAGGAAACCUCACCAUAACUCAGAGAUAUGUCGCCUUUCCUGGCAGCAACACCUUUGCCGACCCAGAUGUCAUUAUUAGGAGUGCAGGUGGCUUAGAGUUCAUUUGGAUGAUCUCUCGUUCCCUUCCACAAAACGCUCUUCAGACAUAUACUGUUCCUCUCAUUGAAACCAGCUUUACCAUGAAUCAACAGCCAGCAUCCAGGUCUGAGUUCCUAAAGGCGCUGUCAUCUAUUGAGGCCAUUUUGGUUCGUGCAACACCAAGCAACCGUAUGAGAGCCACUUAUCUGAGAGAUGUUAUUAUGGACACUGCAGUACCAUCAAACACAGGGCAGCCGAGAGCAGUCAAAGUAGAGCAGUGUCAGUGCCCGCCAGAAUACAGUGGACUAUCAUGUGAGCAAUGUCGACCUGGCUACUACAGAGACAUUUUCUCCAACACCUGUGAACCUUGCCGCUGCAAUGGACAUGAGGAGUCAUGCGCCCAGCUGCCCAGUGGGGAAGUCAGGUGUAAAUGCUUGCCUGGAUAUUAUGGCAACAACUGCGAAGGCUCAGGUCUAAUGCUAGAGCUCAAGCCAACAAAAGUAGUCUUCAAGCAAGAUGACUAUGAACUCUAUGAAAACUUCACGUGCAUGUAUCAUGCAUAUGAGCCGUACCGUAUCUUGUUUACCAUCGAGCCAGAGUUGGUAAAGGAUGAUGACCCAUUUGCUCUAAUGGAUGUAAGAUUACCAUAUAAUACAGAGGAGUACAGAAAUGGAGAGAAGCACUUCAUAACCCUACGCCUCAUCAACGGUCAUAGAACAGUAACAUGCCGAGUUUUCGAUGAGAAAAACAUGGAAGUAGCCCAGAUGGUCUCACAAAUUAUAUAUUUUGGUGGAGGCAGAAGAGCACGUCUACCAACACCAACUGUAGAUGAUGGAUCAGUGUCACUUGUUGUUACUACACCAACCAUUCAAGUUGCAGCUGUUGGCUCCUCAGUACAAAUGCAUUGUCAAGCACGUUCACUGAAAGGACCACAGAACCGAGUGUCAGUCACCUGGAAUAGAGCCAAUGGGGAAUUGCCUUAUGGCAGAGCACAAGAUAAUCGUCAGGGACUGCUCGUCAUUAGUGAGGUGCAAGUCUCAGACAGUGGAACAUACAUUUGUACAGCAUCAGAUGGCUUCCAAAUUGUGACCAAGACGACUACACUGGAAGUAGGAGGUGGAAGCACUGGAGUACCACGUGUCACCAUCGAGGAACGCCGUGAGAUCUUGGAACUAAGGCGUGGUCAGACCCUAGAAGUGCGGUGUUCUGCCCAGGGUAGUCCUCGUCCUCAGGUGCUCUGGUCUCAUGGGCCGAACCGCGAACGACUUCCCUACAAUGUACAACAACAGAAUGGAGUGCUCAUCUUCCGUAAUGCUGAUGCUUCCAGUUCUGGUGAAUACUACUGUACAGCAACAAAUUCCGAGGGAACAGAUUAUGCUCGCAUCAUCAUCAACGUAAUCGAGGCAGGAAUCCAGACACUCCCAGAACGAGUGCCUGUGAUCAUUGUGCAGGUUUCUGAACAAGAGGUCGAAGUGAAUGCUGGUGGAACUGUCCGUGUAAGUUGCAGUUCUCCCAGCCCUGGACAGUUGAGAAUCGAAUGGAGUCGACUAGGAGGCACUUUGCCAUCACAAUCAUCUGUAAGGAAUGGACUACUGUCAAUUCCAAAUGCACGUGCUGUUGACUCAGGUAUUUAUGUGUGCCGCAUCAGUGACGAGAGGUCCAGCUUCUUUGAAGAAUCCAGCACUCGCGUUACAAUCAGUGAGACAUGGAAUAUGCCUACAGUCCAGAUUCAGCCAGACCGACAGACUGUUAACCAGGGAAGUGAGGCUGAGCUUACAUGCAUUGUAACUGGAAGUCCACCACCUGAGAUUAAGUGGUCAAAGGUGAAUGACGAGUUUGGCGUAGGUGUCCGUGUUGAAGGGAACGUGCUGAGGAUCAUAAGUGCAGUUGUAAGUGACCGGGGAAUGUACGUGUGUACAGCAGAGAAUGCUGGAGGAACAGCACAAGCAGCAGCCAUUGUGGAAGUAGAACGGCGUGAACCUCCAACUGUUCAGAUCUACCCACAAGUCAAGCAGACCAUUGUGGCAGGAGCAAGUGCCCUCUUCCAGUGCCACCUGACUGGAGGCAUCCCAACCCCCACAGUGCGCUGGGCUCGAACAGAUGGUCGACCACUGUCACUGAAUACGGAAACACUCAAUGGCGGUGUCUUAAGAUUCAACCAAGUCCAAGGUGAUGAAGAAGGUUCCUACACAUGUACAGCUGAGAAUGAUGCAGGGAAGGUGACAGCUGUAGCUAUGCUGGAGAUCCAGUCCUUGCCUGUGAUCACUAUCAGACCUGGACCAUCUCCAUACAUGUUGAGAGUUGGUGAGAGGAUGCGUCUGGAAUGCUCUGCACGAGGAGAUCCAUCACCUUCUGUAACUUGGCAAAAGCUGGAGGUCAACUUCCCAACCACUGUACCCAGCCAGUCGACAGCUCCAAAUGUUGCCGUUUAUGAAGUACCAUCUGCGUCAAAGUCUGAUUCUGGCACCUAUCAGUGCUCUGCUAACAAUGCUGCAGGUUUAAGUGAGGAGAGGAUCCAGAUCAUUGUUGAGGAUGUGCUGCCAGCAUUCAAGCCUGGUGGUGAUACCUCAAUCCCAGUCACACCUGAAACUGCUACCAUCUUUGUACCUAUUGGAGGAAACUAUGAGUUCUCAUGCAGAGAACAAGGACCAGAUGCUGCUUCCAUCACAUAUGACUUCAGACGCAGUGAUAACCGGCCUUUACCGCGGGGCUACCGUAUUGAGAAUGGCGUUCUUUACCUCACAAGCGUUGACCAGGGAGCCUCAGGAGAGUAUGCUUGUGUAGGGUCCGACCGCAUAUCAGGAAGGAUUCUCUUCACCAUCUAUGCCACCUUUGAGGUUAUUGCCCCCCCACGCAUCACGCUAGACCCAGCACGACAGAUUGUGCGUCCCGGAGACCUUGUGCGCAUCCGCUGUACUGCUACUGGCCCACAGCCCAUCACCAUCAACUGGUCUAAGGAAGGCGGGUAUAUGCCACGCACUGUCAUUAUGAACGGAGGAGAGAUGAUGUUCCGUGGCAUUGAGACUUCGGAUGCAGGGAGGUACAUCUGUCAAGCUGUAAACAAUGCUGGAACUGCACGUGCUGUCGCAGAAGUUGUUGUUAAUGCUGUCAAAGCAGAAGAUACCCUGCCAGAAAUACCACCAAAUCAAGAUGCUGAGAAAAAGCCAGGACUCUUCGACAUUUUAGGAAUUGGAGUUACUGAGGAUGUGUUUUUAGACCAAUUUGAGGAUGAUGAAGAUUACUUUGAUUCCUCAUCUACCCCUGAAGAAGGCUAUUAUUUGGAAGUAGGUGGCGAGGAAGUGUGCGAUUUCUUGUGUCGAGAUGAGACAAUGUGCGUUCUCUCAAGUCAGUUAUGUGAUGGUAAACGCAACUGCCCUGAUGGAUCAGACGAAGAAGAGUGCUUAAAAGACACCCUGAUCAAAACUUGUGAGGACUCUCCAUGUGGCAACAAACUCUGCCUUGCAAAACACCAGAUAUGUGAUGGUAUACCAGACUGUUAUGAUGCUGGAGAUGAACAGGGUUGCAUUGAUGACAUUUUCGACCUGACCAAAUGCUCAGAUUUCUUCAAAUGUGGUGAUGGAAAAUGUUACCCAUUCUACCUCAACUGUGAUGGCGAGUGUGACUGUAAUGACUGUAAGGAUGAAAAGAUUUGCCUCCGAACCAGAAGGCAUAUCAGAAAUGAGGAACCACUCUUAACCGCAAUCCAGCAAGAAAUUGUGCGACUUGUUGGACAAACGGCUGAACUUCGGUGUGAGGCUUCAGGAAUCGACCCCAAUGCAGUCUCUUGGUCUAGGGUUAGAGGCAGCCUUCCUUCAAAUGCUGUCAUUCGUGGCAAUCUUUUGAGACUGACUUCCUUGAGGCCAGAAGACAGUGGUCAGUAUCAGUGUGAAGCAAGUGGUCCAACAGGAUACCUGUCCUCUGUCAUCUCCUUGACUGUAAUGACGGGACGACAGACCGUGGAAAUCAGAAUUAUACCCAGUCGCCCUAAUGUACAAAUUGGAGGAAAUAUUGACUUGACUUGUGAAGUGAGUGGCCAGGCACCAGCAUCAGUUACCUGGAGGAGAAUGAACGCAGAUCUUCCUCCUAAUGCUCAGCCACGGGAGAACGUCCUCAGGCUGAUUAAUGUACAGGCUAACUAUGGAGGAAUUUACCAGUGUGUUGUUACAACUUCCAAGGGAGUCUUUGAAGAAAACUUCCCUCUAGCAAUUCAGGGUGUAAUUUCUACUGAACGUGUGGACUUUGAACUAAACCAACGAUCAGUCAUGACAAGGUCUGUAGCAUUUGGGCUGGGUGUCGUCAUGGAAUGCCACGUCAACCUAACUCCUCCUGUAUCAUACACCUGGUCUAAGCAGGGUGGGGAACUGCCUGUCAAUUCCCUUGUUGAAAAUAAUGUCUUGAAUAUCCCAGAAGUUCAUACAGAGGAUGCUGGAUUAUUUGUGUGUACAGCCAGCAAUGCGGAAAGAUCUCUGGACCAAGCCACUUUACUGGUUGUCACAGGAGUUAUUCCAAGAUUCUCAGAAAAUUCUUACUUAUCACUGCCAACACUACCAAGAGCUUACCUCGCCUUUGAUCUCGAAAUCUCAUUCAAGCCAGAGACUGGUGAUGGUUUGAUUCUUUACAAUAGCCAGCGCGAAAGCCAGGAAGAUGGGGACUUUGUUUCCUUUGGUCUUAGUGGAGGUUAUGCAGAGUUCCGCUUUGAUGUGGGAUCAGGCCCCGCUGUCAUCAAGUCUCGUCAGCCCUUGGCCCUGAACAAGUGGCACACUGUGAAGCUCUCAAGGGACAGAAAGAAGGGCAGCAUGAUUGUUGACGAUGGGGAACAAAUCAUGGGCAGCAGUGUUGGUCGAUUCCUGGGACUGGAUCUAGUGAGACCAAUGUAUCUCGGUGGUGUGCCAGACUUUGACCGAAUCCAUCAGGAGGCAGGAUUUAAAACUGGCUACAGUGGAUGCAUCAGCCGGCUGGUGAUUCGAAAUUCUGUGACACUUGAUUUGAUGAGAGAUUCAAAGACUAAGAUUGGUAUCAGGCCGUGUGAGACCUGCAUUGGCAACCCAUGCCAGAACAAUGGUGUGUGCCAAGAAGCAUACACUGAAGUGGGCCACAAGUGUAUUUGUCCAGCUGGCUUUUCAGGUGGACUGUGUGAGAACACAGGCGAGGCUUGCUAUCCAGGUGUCUGUGGAACUGGUCGCUGUGUAAAUAAACCAGGAGGCUUUGAAUGUUUCUGUCCAUUUGGCAAAUUUGGACAGAGAUGUGAGAGGGACAUAAUGAUUCAGGAACCAGCAUUUGGAGAUGGAUCCUAUAUUGCUUACCAAACACCAAGAGCACUUAAACGAUUCUCUGUGGACCUUAACUUUAAACCUGAGAGCUUGGAGGAUGGUUUGUUGAUGUACUGCUCACAGAAGUAUCGUGGAGAAGGUGACUUUGCAUCAUUAGCUAUUCGAAACAAGCGCUUGGAGUUCCGUUUCAACACAGGAAGUGGCACUGCUACUCUGCAGAGUGAACCCUUGUUGCAGGAUGAAUGGGUCGAAGUACGUGCCAACAGAACUGAUCGUCGUGGAUCCAUGACAAUCAAUGGAGGCCAAAUGCAAAAUACGGAAUCCCCUGGUUCAAACAGAGGGCUGAAUCUGAUCACCCCAUUGUACAUUGGAGGCGUUGACAAUACUCGUGUGGAAAUUUCACCUGAAGUUGGAGUGGGUGAUGGAUUUAAAGGAUGCGUUAAAGAGAUCAAAAUCAUGGACCAACAAGUUCGCAUGGCAGAAUCACUAGUGGACUCUGCCAAUGUUGGACAGUGUGGAGGUGCCACCAUUGCUUUCUGCAGCACAAACCCUUGCCUCAACAAUGGACAGUGUUCUGAGGAUCCAGGCUCACCACAUGGAUACUCUUGCUCUUGUCAAGAGGGAUACAGUGGCCACAAUUGUGAGAUGGAGCCUGGUGUCUGCACCAUUAUACGACCAUGCAAAAAUGGCGCUUCAUGUGUUGGAUCAAGAAAUGAAUACUCCUGCAACUGUCCACUUGGUUUUGCUGGCCAGCAUUGUGAACACAAUGUAGACAUACGGGAAUCAGCAUCUUUCUCCGGGGAUUCUUGGGUGGAGUUUGACAAGCUGAUGCUGCCACAAGAAGAUGGACAGGCUCAGAAACUCACCUUUGAAUUCUCCACAAUAAAACCUAAUGGACUUCUUUUCUGGUACGGGCAAGAGCCAACAGUCCCUGGCCGAGGACAGGACUACAUCAGUGUUGCCAUUAAGGAUGGAAUAAUAGAAUUCACAUUUGAUGUUGGAACUGGACCAGCCAUGGUAAGGUCACCGAGUCGUGUUGACGAUGGAGAGCGGCACACACUCACAGUCGAGAGGGCUGGCAGACAAGGAGUACUUGAGUUGGAUGGUUCAGUGCGUGAAUAUGGACAGAGUCCUGGAAUUCUGCAUAUGCUGAAUGCUGAAGGCAAUAUAUAUAUCGGAGGAGUCCCGGACCUUGCGCUCAUGACAGAUGGAGUCUACACAACAGGCUUCCAGGGUUGCAUUCAUAGGUUGGCCAUUGGCGAAGAACAGUUAAUCAACUUUAUGGAUCGUGCGCUCUCUGGCAUCAAUGUAAAUACUUGUCCAAGCUCUAGUGGAUGGAAGCACACCACUCAGGGACGGAAUUCAGCCAGUUCUGGUGGGUGGAGCUCAGGCAGUUCUAGCAGCUGGAGCUCAAGCAGUUCUAGCAGCUGGAGCUCAGGCAGGUCUCAUGGCAGGAACUCAGGGAGUUCUGAAGGUUGGAGCUCUCCAGGCUCCCAAGAUCAGGGCAGUUCACGUGUUUUCAACAACUAUGAGAAAAAUCACUACACUAGGCCUGCUUACAACCACAGGACUUACAAAAGGACUGAGCAAACCUCAAGAAAAGUUUACAACUAAAAGGAUACUCAGAAAUGGCUUUGACACCGCGGAAGCAGAAUCCGUGGAGGAAGAGGAAAGGGAAGGGGACGCCAAAGGGGAUAGUAUGCAGCGCUUAGGAGAAGAAAAGAAAUUACAUUUUGUUGCCAGUGUGAGGACUAGUCUUCCAACCAACCAGCCAACAAUCAAUGGGGAAAAAAAGGAUGCAAGGCAUUGAGACCCAAGCUGCCGCUCCUCCCUCCCAUCAUCACCCAACCUCAUCACGUGUCAAGGCGGCAACACUACCCACCCUUUGCAUAACUCAAUGUUUUUUGUGUGUGCAUUAGCAACCACAGCCUUGUAAGAAAUUAAAAUGAAAAAUUAGAAAAAAAAAAUAAAGAAAAAUAAAUCUCACUCAUAAAAAAAAUAUAUAGAUAUUUGUCCCUCCAGUUAAACAGGCAAAUAGUAGUAUUGGGUGAUUCAUAGAAAAAUAGGUUCCUAAAGGGAUAAUUGUGCCUUGUUGCAGUGAGCGUGCCCAUUAGGCUAAAAGGUGCAUGCUCCCCCUGCCGCCUCCUAUUGCCAAUAGUCCUUCAAUGAUAUAUGUAUCUUCUAAAUAUCCUAGUCCAUGAAAUUCCAGUGUUAUCAAAGAAGGUUGUCCCAGCCAUUAGCUGCAAGACAGCUGAUACAAACUGCCACAAUUUUUUUUGCUCUCUUUAAUUUUUUUUCCUUUUUAUUUUUAUUUUUUGUCCAACCAAUCCAGGGUGUUCAACAUUUCUAUCUCAAAUAGCUUUUGUAAGCACUAAAACAUUAUUUUUAUUAUAAUCAACUUAUAACAGCAAUAUUAUGCACUUCAUGCAAUAUUUGUGCCAAAAGGACACAUUGUUUCUCUAAAUGUAAGUUUGUGAUUGUUGAGACCCUCUUAUGGGAAAAUUGUUGUACUUGAAGCAAUAGUUUUAAAAAGUAAAAAAUAAACAAAAAACAAAAAAACAAAGUCUGUGACAUUUAUUGUGAUGUGAGAGCUUCUAUGUGUGUCUCCCCAGAUGCUUGGUGGUGUUGUAUGUGACAUCUUGUAACAUGUUGUUGUUUUUAGUGUUAUAUCUAACCUUAUUCACAAUGGUGGUGAGCUCUCAAAAGGUGUAUGUGCUCCCCAAAUACAAUGCUUGUCUUUACUCAUGAUAUAGGUGAGCCUCAUAAAAAGAUUGAUAUACUCUUGUUGAAUAUGAUCAUUAUUUUUCUUUGGUGUGUGUGAAGUUACGACCUUUGGUAAUAUUUUUGCUAAGAAAGGAAAAUGUGAAGAAAACAAUAUUGCCUUGUGAUUGCAUGAAGACCAAUUUGCAGCUUUAUUUCCUUUUUUUAAUAUUUUCUUUUCUUUUUUUUUCAUUUAUCAUCCUUAUUAUUAUUGUGUUUCAAUUGUUGAUUUCAUUUUCUUCAGCUGACAAUGGUGCUACCAGGAUGAACGUUUACUUCUUACUUAAGAUGUAAAAUAGUUGUGUAACUUAAGUUUAUUAUGUUAAUUAACUUUUGCUAUCAACACUGCCAUUAUGUUCAGACUUUAAUUUGGGUUUGUUUCUAGUAAGGAAAUCAAACUAACUUUAUUUUUAAGUUAAUCAUAGCCUGAUAACUGCCAUGCCCACAUCUUGAGUCCAAUGUUAAAUAGUCACAACCUUUUAAUGAGUCAGUUUUAUGGUUAAGACCCAUAUCAUGAGUUUGAUAACUGUAUAGUGUGUUUUUGUGUUGUGCGUGAUCAAUGAAAUAAGCUUUAGAUUGGGCUUCUUUGAGAAUUUAUAGAAUCAUCAUUUCUCCUGUAUACAACUCGCCUUCAAGAAGCACUGUUGGGCAUACGGUGUAAGAUCCAUGACCUUAAGGAUCAUGGAUCAGUUGAUAUUAUACCAUCACGUGCUUCAUGCCCUGUAUUUGCCAAGGUCUUAGGUGUUGAGAUGUCCAUACUGUCAUUUUUAAAAGAUUAUGUACAUGGAAGUCGCACAACUGUCUGUACUCUUUCAUGAUGAAUGUAUUUUAAACAAUGCCCAGUUGUUUUGUAAUAUGAUCAGCAGUACUACAGUUUGGCCAUGAUUUUCAUUUAAGUUCUUAGCAAGUAAUCAUAGGGGUCCUGAGAAUCUGUGAACAAGGUUUCUGUUGUAAGAUCAAGCAACAUGGCAUAUUAUUAAGGCAUUCUUUUCUGAAUUGACUAAUUGUUUCUUAAGUUUUAGAUUUUCAACUUACUUGCAGUACAGUCUUUUGGGUACUCUGAACAAAAAGAAAGGAAUUUAGAUCUAACUAGGGCAAAAAGCAUCACAUUAAAAUCUUUUAUCUUUCUCCUGUCUCCUUUGCCUCUAAAUAAGUCUGGUACAUUACUAAGAUCAAGUUUGAAAUUGGAACAUGAUUUUUUAUUACCAUCUAUGUCCUUGCUUACAGUACAACAGUAUCAUUGUAGACUGCAUUUUUCUUGUUUUUGUUGCAGUAUUUCACACCAAAUGUAUAUAAUCACCCAGUGGGAAGCUAAAACAUUAUUUAGUGCAGACCAUUUCCAAGAUAACCCAAUAUGCCCUUUGUUCACUUCCUGUGGCUUGGAGCUUCCAGGCCUUGUCUCUAAGCAGCCUCUUGACUGCUAAAUGACUACCUACCUCUGUUUAUCUUGAUGAUAGUCACUUGAUUAGCGAGGGUCACAUGCGGUUCAUGAGGACAAAACCAUCGCUUCAGACUCAAACAAAAGUGAACAUGCUGGAUCAAGAUUCUCUACACAACUGCUUCUGCUUUGCAUAGUGGCUGGUAUUCUCUGCUGACCAGACUAGAUGGUGUUCAGAGCAAAUACACCACAGCCACUGCUGCUGCUUCAGUUGAUGCCCUUUAGAUGUAGUCGGCCCAAUUCUCAGAUAUUGUGUGGGUGUUAUGUGGUAAUGCAAUCCAUUAAAAAAAGGGAAAAAGAAAAUUAAUCUCUACUUUUUAGAAGUUGUGUCUGAGAAAUAAAGAUAGAGUAUAA